GAGUAGGGAGCGCGCGGCUCCCAAUCACGGGCGGCGGAGGAGGUGGAGGAGGAGGGCGGCUUGAGGAAGUGCAGCAUGAAGUUGUGGAGCUGAGAUUCCCCUCCGCCGGAUCGAGAGCCGAGGAGAGCCCCGUGGGCAGCCGCGCGCCCCUUCCCAGGCGGCCCUUUCCUGCGCCGCGCCCGGCCGCUGCCCUCGCCGCGCCCUGCGCCCCGAGCCCGGUCCAGCCCGAGCCAUGGGGCCGGAGCCGCAGUGAGCACCAUGGAGCUGGCGGCCUGGUGCCGCUGGGGGCUCCUGCUCGCCCUCCUGCCCCCCGGAGCCGCAGGCACCCAAGUGUGCACCGGCACAGACAUGAAGCUUCAGCUCCCAGCCAGUCCUGAGACCCACCUGGACAUGCUCCGCCACCUCUACCAGGGCUGCCAGGUGGUGCAGGGUAACUUGGAACUCACCUACCUGCCCGCCAAUGCCAGCCUCUCCUUCCUGCAGGACAUUCAGGAGGUGCAGGGCUACAUGCUGGUGGCUCACAACCAAGUGAGGCAGGUCCCACUGCAGAGACUGCGGAUCGUGCGAGGGACCCAGCUCUUUGAGGACAAGUAUGCCCUGGCUGUGCUAGACAAUGGAGAUCCUCUGCACGAUGCCACCCCUGCCCCAGGGACUGCCCCAGGAGGGCUGCGGGAGCUUCAGCUUCGAAGCCUCACAGAGAUCCUGAAGGGAGGGGUCUUGAUCCAGCGGAACCCCCAGCUCUGCUACCAGGACACGAUUUUGUGGAAGGACAUCUUCCACAAGAACAAUCAGCUGGCUCUCACCAUGAUCGACACCAGCCACUCUCGGGCCUGCCCACCCUGUGCCAACUCUUGUAAAGACAACCAUUGCUGGGGAGAAAGUUCUGCAGACUGUCAGAUCUUGACUGGCACCAUCUGUGCCAGUGGCUGUGCCCGCUGCAAGGGCCAGCUGCCCACUGACUGCUGCCACGAGCAGUGUGCUGCUGGUUGCACAGGCCCCAAGCACUCUGACUGCCUGGCCUGCCUCCACUUCAACCACAGUGGCAUCUGUGAGCUGCACUGCCCAUCCCUGGUCACCUACAACACUGAUACCUUCGAAUCUGUGCCCAACCCUGAGGGCCGUUACACCUUUGGAGCCAGCUGUGUGACCACCUGUCCCUACAACUACCUCUCUACGGACGUGGGCUCCUGCACCCUGAUCUGCCCCCCGAACAACCAGGAGGUGUCAGCAGAGGACGGAACACAGCGGUGUGAAAAAUGCAGCAAACCCUGUGCCCGAGUGUGCUACGGUCUGGGAAUGGAGCACCUGCGGGCGGCGAGGGCAGUCACCAGUGCUAACAUCCAGGAGUUCGCUGGCUGCAAGAAGAUCUUUGGGAGCCUAGCGUUUUUGCCGGAGAGCUUUGAUGGGGACCCUGCCUCCAACACUGCCCCCCUGAAGCCUGAGCAGCUCCAAGUGUUUGAGAGCCUGGAGGAGAUCACAGGUUACCUGUACAUCUCAGCGUGGCCAGACAGCCUGCUUGACCUCAGUGUCUUCCAGAACCUGAGAGUCAUCCGGGGACGUCUUCUGCACGAUGGCGCCUACUCACUGACCCUGCAAGGCCUGGGCAUCCACUGGCUGGGACUGCGCUCGCUGCGGGAGCUAGGCAGCGGGCUGGUCCUCAUCCAUCGCAAUACGCACCUCUGCUUCGUACACACGGUACCCUGGGAGCAACUCUUCCGGAACCCCCAUCAGGCCCUGUUCCAGCAUGGCAACCGGCCAGAGGAUGAGUGUGUGGGCGAGGGCCUGGCCUGCUGCCCACUGUGCGCCCAUGGGCACUGCUGGGGGCCGGGACCCACCCAGUGUGUCAACUGCAGCCAGUUCCUUCGGGGCCAGGAGUGUGUGGAGGAAUGUCGAGUCCUGAAGGGGUUUCCCAGGGAGUAUGUGAGUGACAGGCACUGUCUGCCAUGUCACCCCGAGUGUCAGCCCCAGAAUGACUCAGUGACUUGCUUUGGAUCGGAGGCUGACCAGUGUGAAGCCUGUGCCCACUACAAGGACCCUCCCUUCUGUGUGGCUCGCUGCCCCAGUGGUGUGAAACCUGACCUCUCUUACAUGCCCAUCUGGAAGUACCCAGAUGAGGAGGGCAUAUGCCAGCCGUGCCCCAUCAACUGCACCCACUCCUGCGUGGACCUGGAUGACAAAGGCUGCCCUGCGGAGCAGAGAGCCAGCCCUGUGACAUCCAUCAUCGCUACUGUGGUGGGCAUUCUGUUGUUCACAGUCGUGGGAGUGGUCUUAGGGAUUGUAAUCAAGCGAAGGCGCCAGAAGAUCCGGAAGUAUACAAUGCGGAGGCUGCUGCAGGAAACUGAGUUGGUGGAGCCAUUGACACCCAGUGGAGCGAUGCCUAACCAGGCUCAGAUGCGGAUCCUGAAAGAGACUGAGCUAAGGAAGGUGAAGGUGCUUGGAUCUGGAGCUUUUGGCACAGUCUACAAGGGUAUCUGGAUACCUGACGGGGAAAAUGUGAAAAUUCCUGUGGCCAUCAAAGUGUUGAGGGAGAAUACAUCCCCCAAAGCCAACAAAGAAAUCCUGGAUGAAGCCUACGUGAUGGCUGGUGUUGGCUCCCCAUAUGUGUCCCGCCUCCUGGGCAUCUGCCUGACAUCUACAGUGCAGCUGGUGACACAACUUAUGCCCUAUGGCUGCCUCCUGGAUCAUGUCCGAGAACACCGAGGGCGGCUGGGCUCCCAGGACCUGCUCAACUGGUGUGUGCAGAUAGCCAAGGGGAUGAGCUACUUGGAGGAUGUGCGGCUCGUGCACAGGGACCUAGCUGCCCGGAAUGUGCUGGUCAAAAGCCCCAACCACGUCAAGAUUACAGACUUUGGGUUGGCUCGGCUGCUGGACAUCGAUGAGACAGAGUACCACGCGGAUGGGGGCAAGGUGCCCAUCAAGUGGAUGGCAUUGGAGUCCAUCCUUCGCCGGCGGUUCACCCACCAGAGCGACGUAUGGAGCUAUGGUGUGACUGUGUGGGAGCUGAUGACUUUUGGGGCCAAACCCUAUGAUGGGAUCCCAGCCCGGGAGAUCCCUGACCUGCUGGAGAAGGGGGAGCGCCUGCCCCAGCCCCCCAUCUGCACCAUUGACGUCUAUAUGAUCAUGGUCAAAUGUUGGAUGAUUGACUCCGAAUGUCGGCCAAGAUUCCGGGAGCUGGUGGCUGAAUUCUCCCGCAUGGCCAGAGACCCCCAGCGCUUUGUGGUCAUCCAGAAUGAAGACUUGGGCCCAGCCAGUCCCUUGGACAGUACCUUCUACCGCUCACUGCUGGAGGAUGACGACAUGGGGGACCUGGUGGAUGCUGAGGAGUAUCUGGUACCACAGCAGGGUUUCUUCUGCCCAGACCCUGCCCCAGGUGCUGGGGGCACCACACACCGCAGACAUCGAAGCUCAUCCACCAGGAGUGGAGGUGGUGAGCUGACACUGGGGCUGGAGCCCUCUGAAGAGGAUCCCCCCAGGUCUCCGCUGGCCCCCUCAGAAGGGGCUGGCUCUGAUGUGUUUGAUGGUGACCUCGGAGUGGGGGCAGCUAAGGGGCUGCAGAGCCUCCCUCAACAUGACCUCAGCCCUCUACAGCGGUACAGUGAGGACCCCACUGUACCCCUGCCCCCUGAGACUGACGGCUAUGUUGCUCCCCUCACCUGCAGCCUCCAGCCCGAAUAUGUGAACCAGCCAGAGGUUCGGUCGCAGCCCGCCUCACCCCUGGAGGGUCCUCUGUCUCCUGUUCGGCCUGCUGGUGCCACUCUGGAAAGGCCCAAGACUCUCUCCCCGGGGAAGAAUGGAGUUGUCAAAGACGUUUUUGCCUUUGGGGGUGCUAUAGAGAACCCUGAGUAUUUAGCACCUAGGGGAGGCACUGCCCCUCAGCCCCACCCACCUCCUACCUUCAGCCCAGCCUUUGACAAUCUCUAUUACUGGGACCAGGACCCAUCAGAGCGGGCAUCUCCACCCAGCACCUUUGAAGGGACCCCCACGGCAGAGAACCCUGAGUACCUGGGCCUGGACGUUCCAGUGUGAGCCAGAAGCCAAGUCUGCUGAGCCCCUGCUAUACCCUUG